CGGCCUCGGUGGAGGGUGGAGGGUGGAGGGAAGGAUGGAGAAAGCCGCCCCUGGUGGCUGGGAGUCCCGGAGUCCUGCCUUAGCCCCUCACCCGCCUUGUCGUCUCCGCUGAGGACCCUUAGUUCCAGAGGGGACCUCCGGUGUCAGCUCGCCCCAACAGGUUUCUGAGAGGUGACUCUCAACAGCCAGCAUGUGUUGCCUUCUCAUGCUUCUCGAAUCUUCAGAUUUCAGAGGGAAACUUGUUGAUGAAAGGAGGAGUGUUCGCGUUGCACGCUCUCCCCAGUUGCCUGUGGAGAAGGGCUUGGGGAAGAGAGGGAAACGGGCAGUUUUGUUUUCUGGGCGUGACAAUCCGUGCACUUACCUGGCGGGGGACCCCCCACAGCAUUCUCUGUUCACAGUGUUCUCCCAGUUUGGCCUCCUGUAUUCGGUCCGAGUCUUCCCAAACGCUGCGGUGGCCGGUCCUGGUUUCUAUGCCGUUAUCAAGUUUUAUUCAGCAAAGGAUGCCCACAGAGCCCAAAAGGCGUGCGACCAGAAGCAGCUUUUUCAGAAAUCUCCGGUGAAGGUUCGUCUCGGCACCAGACAUAAGGUGGUUCAACAUCAGGCCCUUCCCCUAAACAGCUCCCGGUGCCAAGAAUUGGCAAAUUACUACUUUGGUUUCAAUGGCUGGUCAAAGAGGAUCCUUGAGCUUCAGGAUCUUUCUGACACUGAAGAAAGGGGAAAUGAAAAUGGAAAUGCCACAGGAGCAGGACUUCAGAAGCAAAGCGUCAAGUUCUUCUGUGCUUUAGAGGUGGUGGUGCCCUCGCAUGAGUGCAGAAGCCCUGGCGCUGGCGUGGCUUGGGAGCCUUUGGACCAGCUGGAGGAGGGACCAUUAUCAUUCCUUAUGAAAAGGAAGACAACCCAGAAGCUUGCUAUUCAGAAAGCUCUAUCAGAUGCAUUCCAGAAACUGUUGAUUGUGGUUUUAGAAAGUGGUAAAAUAGCUGUGGCGUAUAGACCCUGUGAAGAGAUCACAGAUGCCAGAUCCGAAGAGGAACAACAGGAUUUAAUUCAAGUCGGCUACUUUUCUUGGAAGCAGUAUGGCCAAGGGGAGGAAGAAUAUCUCUCUGAUUUCAGCUUUGAAGAAGAAGAGUUCAGAUUGCCAGAACUGGACUAGCACUUUUGAAUUUCCCGGGACGCCAGGCCCUGUGGCUUCCUUGGGAAGCUCUGCACCCCUCCCAACCCCCCACCUCCCCUAAUCCUCCCAUCCCCCCACCGCUGGGCUGCUGGAGUCCCCGGCCACCCAGGUCUGCAGCCCAGAUCCUGCCUCUCUGUGAGGGGGGGAGAGGGGCCCAGAGGGAGGUAGUUGUUGUCUUUGCAGGGAGAAGAGAGGCUUGGACCCUGGUGGUUCUGAGAAAAGGGCUCGCUCUGGCGGUGCGGUGCCGAUCUCGGCCGGAACUUAAUAAAGGUUGCGUAAAUAAA